AUGCAGUUUACCUCCAUAAACAACUAUCUGGCCAGCGUGGUGUCGCUUCAUCACGCGAAGGGAUUUGAAGCACCAGAUCUCGGUCAUUUCCGCAUCCGACAGACACUCCGUGGUGUUCAGCGAAAGAAAAGGCAGACGCCAAAUGCUCGAUUGCCUAUAACACCGGAGAUCUUGUAUGCCAUUAAACGCCACCUGUCUGUUCUGCCCAAGCAAUGCCGGAAAGCCUUCUGGGCAGCCGCCUUGUUUGCUUUCUUUUCUCUCCUUCGCAAAAGUAACUUGCUGCAGUUUAGUGGAAACAGCAAAUACUUGCGAGUCAGUGGGAUAAAACGCACCGCCUCCGGCCUUGAGAUCACUGUGCCGCAGAUUAAAACAACAGCACAUGCCUCGAAGAUGAUAACGCUGCCGUUGCCGCGGGUAGCCAAUUCCCCGCUUUGCCCGGUACAGGCAUUCUCCGCCAUUGAGAAAAAGGUCAUGAAACACCCGCAUGCGUCGCCGUUCUCUAUCAAAACCGCAAACCGGAAACUGGAACCGCUGACCGCAAACAAGUUUCAGCGCUUUCUGAAAAACCUCCUUAAAACCGCCGGAUAUGAUCCCCGCCGCUACUCGCUGCACAGUUUCCGUAGAGGUGGUGCCACCUUUGCGGCUGCCGCCGGCGUGUCACCGGAUGAACUGAAAGCUCAGGGCACUUGGGCCAGUCAGUGCUUUGAACGUUAUGCGGACCGCACUCGAGACCUUCGAUCCCACUUCGCCGAAACGGUAUCGACCAGUUUGGGGGAUUUUGGGCGUCCUUAG